UAUACACUAAACCAUCCCAUAGAAGUUGAAGCUCCUCUAGCUAGCUAGUUCUUCCAAAUAACCCCAAUUCAGAAAUAAUUAGAGAGAACUAAUUAUGACCAAAGUUGGUCCAGUGGGAGAUCAACGUGGUGAUGGAAUUAUUUGGGAUGAAAAGGGACGUGACCAAGUUGUUGGAAUUAACGUUUACUACAGACAAGACUCAAUUGAUUCACUUCAAUUCAUCUACCGUGAGAAUGGAAAUUUAGUUUCAUCAAACAAGCAUGAGGUUAAUUCCUGUUUUAACAUCUGUGGAAUGGUCUUUGAUUCAUCAGAGUUUCUUACUUGCUGCUUAAGUGGUUCCUAUGGAUAUCCAAAUGAUUGCCUGUCAACAGUUAUACAAACUAUAAAAUUUGUUACAAAUAAAGGUUCUUAUGGACCAUUUGGGACCUCUUCUGUUGAUGCCAAACACUUCAACUUUCACAUUGGAAAUAAUCGUCUUUUCGGUGGUUUUCAUGGUACUCAGAAUUGUCCUGGCGUUGAGAGUAUGAGAAAAGUUAUCAUUUUCACUCCAAACUAUACUUGAAAAGUCGAAGACACACCUAAACUAUUGAAGUUGUUAGCCCAUAUGUUAUUGGGCCUUUAGUUUAUGGACCUUUA